AUGCUUCCCCAAGACGACGACCUUGCUGAUAUAUUCUCAAUACCGUCGCACUUUCGAACCCUACCACCACUGAGGGACGAGGUCGUCACUGCAACUUCGAUAGCUCAGGAUGAAACUACUGAUGAGUGUCUCCCGUUGCUGGCUGCCGCUCUUGAUGCCCGUGAGAACCCCUUGGCAUUCAACCAAUUUGGCAUCCCAAAGCUGCGUGUGGAAGACCAUGCCGAGUUUCUACGCAACAAUCUUGCACGCUUUCCUGCUCGUGCCGUCGGUCUGGAUGCUAGUCGGCCGUGGCUCGUGUACUGGGGUCUAUUGGGAUUGCAUUUCCUUGGAGAAAAUAUAGCAUUUGCAAGAAGCAGUGUAUUCAACACUUUCUUUGCCCUGCAGAACGCUACUGGAGGUUUUGGGGGCGGGCAUGGUCACAAUUCGCAUCUGGCCACAACGUACGGUACCAUACUGAGCAUUGCAAUUGUGGGAGGAGACACCAACUAUCGACUGAUAGAUCGCAUGGCUAUGUGGCGGUGGCUUGGUCGCUUGAAGAAGGAAAGUGGCGGGUUUCAGAUCAGUGAGGGCGCCGAAGAGGAUACAAGAGGCACAUACUGCGCUCUAGUGAUCCUAUCGCUGCUGAACUUGCCGAUGGAGCUUCCUCAUGACGCCCCAUCACGGGCUGCCGGCUUCAAGACGUUUGACGACGGAAUUGGUGAGUAUAUCUCACGAUGUCAAACGUACGAAGGCGGUAUCUCUGGCACGCCUGGCAAUGAGGCUCACGGUGCCCACUGGAUUGGUGGUUGCUGGCCUAUGAUCCAGAAUGCACUGUUCGGACCAUCUACUCCUGAGCAGUACGAAGAGGAUUCUGCUGGAGAUCUGUAUAGCGCGGAAGGCCUGGCUCGUUACAUAAUGUGUUGCUGUCAAGCAUUGCCGGGUGGUCUGCGAGAUAAGCCGUCAAUGAACCCAGAUUCGUACCACACUUGUUACACACUGUCGGGAAUCAGCACAACGGAACAUCAUCAUGGGUAUCAGACACCACAAGAGCCAGGUCAAUUCGCUUCCGCGUUCUCCUGGUGGGCUGUCAAGAAGACACCGCAGGAAGAUGGAGACAUCGCCGCGUUCGAGGAUGGCACCGAGAUCGAGCCUAUGCAUCCGAUCUAUGCCAUUCCUCAUGCAGCCGUGGAUGAGAUACGCAAAUGGAGUCUGUCUCAACCUUGGCGCCCGUCACUAGACUCACCAUCCUGA